AUGAAGGCGGGUCAAGCCGAAAUUGCCACCAAGUAUGGCAAGCACGUCGGUCGAGGAGCUCCUGCCGAUGAAAUUGCCAUUCCUUCGCAAGUACAGUAUGCCGAUAGGGGAAUGCUGAAAAACGAUAAUCGCCACGCCGGAUAUAUCGUUCAGCAAAAGUCUGACGAAUAUAAAGCUUUGAUGAAUGAUCCGGAACUGGAGGCGGGCCUGAUCCGAGCAACGAACGAACAUAACGAAAGCACUGGCGCCACUGAACAAAAGAUCGUUCAUCAAACGCAUCAGCAGAAGAAAGCCUAUGCGUAG